AUGAGUUCAUUUUGUGCAUACCAGGUGUUUCGAUUUCCGGGGUUAACUCAUCCUGGUAUAGUGGGAACUGCACCGUCAGCUGAGCUUCUCAAUAUAUGGAACCAAAGGGAAAGAGAAUUGGUCGAGGCGGGUCAUGAGUCUCUGAAAUUGUGUCAAGUUCUACACCAGAGACCUCUUGCUAGCUUACCAACCUCCCUCAACUGCUUACUUGGGAAGACCCAGGAAGGGACUGCUGAAUGGGAAAAAAUUGCAAAUGAAGCAGCAAGAACAAUUCCUGGAAGAGAGAAUGGUGGAAACUGUGACAUAAAGAAUCUAGGCAGAGGUUCCAAGGUUUAUCUACCGGUAUUUGUUGAAGGAGCAAAUUUGAGUACUGGUGAUAUGCACUUCUCCCAAGGAGACGGUGAAGUUUCAUUUUGCGGAGCAAUAGAAAUGAGUGGAUUCCUUGAGCUAAAGUGUGAGAUCAUAAGAGGUGGCAUGAAGGAAUACCUGACUCCUGUUGGUCCAUCACCACUUCAUGUAAAUCCUAUCUUUGAGAUAGGUCCGGUGGAGCCGCGUUUCUCGGAAUGGUUAGUCUUCGAGGGCAUCAGCGUGGAUGAGUCAGGGAAACAACAUUUCCUUGAUGCAUCAGUUGCCUACAAGCGUGCAGUUCUCAACGCCAUUGAGUACCUUUCUAGAUUUGGGUACUCCAAGGAGCAGGUCUAUAUUUUACUGUCAUGCUGUCCAUGUGAAGGUAGGAUAUCUGGAAUAGUAGACGCCCCUAAUGCAGUGGCAACACUUGCCAUCCCUACAGCGAUAUUCGACCAGGAUAUAAAGCCAAAACGCCUGGGGAAUGGACCAAAGUUGAGAAGAUUUCCGGAUGUUCUGAGAUGAACGUACAGGGGACCAUAUAUGUUAGCACAAGACCAAGGCGGUAC